AUGGGAGCAGAAGGAACCCCAGAGUUGAGUGUGUCUGAGCGUAAAGAGCUGGAAAGUAAACUGAAAGAGAGAGAAGAGUUCCUGCUGCCCAUAUAUCAUCAAGUAGCUGUUCAGUUUGCUGACCUUCAUGACACACCGGGCCGCAUGCAGGAGAAAGGAGUCAUCACUGAUAUCCUGGAGUGGAGCACGUCUCGGCAGUUUUUCUACUGGCGUCUGCGGAGGUUAUUGCUGGAGGAAACAGUGAAGAGGAAGAUCCAGUGUGCUAACAGUGAGCUGACAGAUGGACAGGUUCAGGCUAUGCUUCGCCGCUGGUUCGUGGAAGCAGAGGGAGCUGUGAAAGCGUAUUUGUGGGACAGUAAUGAGGAUGUGGUGGAGUGGUUGGAGAGGCAGCUGGCAGAGGAAGAAGGCGCCAGAUCCGUCAUCGACGAGAAUAUCAAAUAUAUCCGCAGAGAUCACAUCCUCAAACAGAUCCGCAGCCUGGUUCAAGCAAACCCUGAGGUGGCUAUGGACUCCAUCGUUCACAUGACCCAGCACAUUUCCCCCACACAGCGUGCCGAAGUCGUCCGCAUCCUUUCCACCAUGGACACCCCAGCUUCCUCGUAGAAUCUCAAGAGGCCUGAUGUUACUGGAAACCGGAUAUAGAGGAGCCAACAUGGAGGUUUAUGUAAUUGACUUCAUAUUGUUGGCUAUGAUUCUGAAAGCAGUCUUAUGAAUGCACAUCAAAGCGCACCUUUAGAAACACUAAAAAAUAAAAGUCCUAGUGUUGUCAGUUAUAGUUCUGCAGUCUAGUCAAGUGCACUUUUAUUCAGCUCUAGAUUAACAGAGACCAAUUAGAACAAGCUGCCGUUAUUUUCUAGAACGUUUUUGUUUGAAAAGCAGUACGUUACUGUAUGAGUGUGAAAGUUUGCAAAUUAGUAGUCAAUUUUAUUUUACAACAGGCAGGUUGUAACACUAGUUCACGCUUGAAGCGAGCGAGUUGACUACUGGAUCACUCCUGAUUCACUGGUUAUAAUGGAAGUAUAGAUGUUUCUCUUUACCUGCAGAAUGGUCAGUUGAGCCAAAUGACCGCAUCAGUUUGUUACUGUACUUGUUUCAUGCCCUUGUAGCUUAACCAAAAAAUAAUAAUGAUAAUAGAUAUUUUAUAAUGUACCCACUUGGUAGAAUUAUU